AUGGCGACAGCGGCGGCUCAAACGGAGCCUUCGGGCCUAGAGAAUAUUUCUACGUUACUGGAUAACCUCACCAGCUGUUUGUCGGGCGCCGGAUCGUCCCUUCCGAAAUCAAAACGAGAAUCGCCAACCGACGUCUCCAUCGAACCCCCCCACGACGGCAUAUCGCUUCUUGACACCAAGAAUGACCUGUUACUAUCUUAUCUACAGAACCUUGUUUUCCUUGUCAUUUUUCAGUUGAGAGAGGUAGCCUCUUCGGAGUCGAAGGCAGAUGAGAACAACGAUGUCGAUAAUGGCAACCCGUCACUGCGCGAAGAAAUCGUCAAAAAACUUUCCGAGCUCCGCGUGUAUUUGGACCGAGGCGUUCGGCCUCUGGAGGGCCGACUGAAGUACCAGGUUGACAAAGUCAUCAAGGCUGCAGAGGACGCCGACAGAGCUGAGCGCGGUGCCCCGGCCCCGACAAAGAGCAAGGCAAAGAAUGCGAAAUCUAGUAGCAACAACGAAUCUGGCUCAGAAGAGAGCUCCGGCGACAGUGAGAGCGAUAGUGAAGGAGAAGACGAAGAGGAGGAGGACAUUGAUGAGAUGGCUUUCCGUCCGAAUAUUUCCGCCUUCGCGAAGGGAAUAAAGUCGGAGGCUCAGACAGAAGAGAAGUCAGACAAGAAAGUGUCAGGGGACGGAAUCUAUCGGCCUCCGAGAAUCAUGCCAACUGCACUUCCCACAACCGAACGCAAAGAGCAGCGGGACCGCCGUCCACGCAGGUCAAAUGUCAUUGACGAGUUUGUCAGCGCUGAACUGUCGGCCGCCCCCAUGGCAGAGCCCAGCAUCGGGAGCACGAUUGUCCAAGGAGGAAGACAUUCGAAGACCAGGAAGGAACGAGAGCACGAAGCCCAACGUACUACAUAUGAAGAAACCAACUUCGUGCGAUUGGCCAAGGAGAGCAAGAAGGAGAGAGCCAAGCGACGCGGUCAGGGCAAGGAGAGCACUUUUGGUGGUGAAGAAUGGAGAGGUCUUACCGAGGGUGCAGACCGGAUCGCAAAGCUCACGCGUAGGGCCAAAGGAAGCGGCAGCGCUCUGGAGAAGAGUCGGAAGCGAAAACUUAAUGACGAUGGUCCACGCAGUGAUGGCGCGGCAGUGGGUCAGAUCUUUGAGAAGCGUCGGAAGAAGGUUGAGAGCUGGAAGCGGGCUUAG